AUGAGCUCUCAUGUCGUCGUUCUCGACUCGACGGCGCGACGAGCGACCAUAAAAACCACUCCGGGCAAACAUCUGACUGAUAUUCUACAAGAGGCUUGCACCAAGCUGGGCGUAGAUGCCAGCCAACAUGGGUUGAAGUACAACACCCCUCCCAAGAGUCGUUCAAGAUACAAAGGAAAACAGCUCGACCUCUCCCUCGCCCUUCGCCUGUCUGGUCUUACCUCCGGCGCCAAACUAGAGCUGGUUCAACUCUCCCGAUCGCCCUCCGUCGUCACCGUCGCACUGCAGCUCCCCGAGUCAGAGGUGCGAGGAGCGCCCAGUGGCCGUGUCCUAGACAAGUUCCCAAGUACAACAACGAUCUGGUUGAUUCUCCGCAAGUUUGAGGCCGGCGUGGCUGGCAGUACAGUGACCCGGAAUCUGACCGGGCGAGGAAUCCCCGUGACAAGCGACGGCGGCGGCGCUGGACGAUUAUUCUACGAAACCCCAGUCGUUCAGGCCCUGGGGCGCGAACUCUCCUCCUUUACAGAUUUGCAGAAGACCCUGGCACAGCUCGGAUUCAACAGCGGGAAUGUGUUGCUGCGGUUGAGUUUCCGACGGACGGAGGAGCCGCUGGAGGAGGCCAUGGUCAAGAUCCAAGAAUUUUUCAAAGCGUCGGGCGAGGAAGACCACCCCACCUACGAGAGCGCCUCCUCAGCCACCCAACAAGCGCAGACGGGCAGUGAACACGAUCAGACCGAAACACAGCCCGCAGACACAACGUCUGACACGCACACGACUCCCUCCGAGCUGCCCGGCCCGUCAUCCUCUGCCGUCGGCGAACCUACCGAACCCUCUUCCGCUGCCACAGGUCGACCAGUGACGGUAUUCUCUCCUCCAACCAACACCACCCCGCAGUCCGCGCAAACGAACUACAACGACUCCGACUACAUCCCAUCCGUCGACCAUGCACAGGCCCACCAGCGCCGCCUCAACGCCUCCUCCCGUAACCAACGGCUACCCACAGACGCAGAGAUGGCCGCCCAAGCCGCAGCAGAGGAAGAGCGUCGAGCAGGCGUCAAAGAAGUCGACGUAAAAGUGCGACUACCAGACCAAAGCCAGGUCGUCGCAAAAUUCAGCCAAUCAGACACGGGAAAGACGCUCUACGACUUCGUCCGGAGCUGUCUCGCUGCGCCCUUCGCUGCAGAGAGUUUCGUCCUCACGCAAUCCACUGUGGGCCCGCCUGCGAAAGCCACAAAGAAGCUACAGAGCGCCCUGCCUGACUCUGACAAGAGCCUUCUCAUCAAGAACCUGGGCCUCGCCGGCCGCGUCCUCAUCAACUUCUCCUGGCACGAGUCGGCGUCGUCCACCGCCCGCCAGGCGAAGAAGGAUCUCUUGAAACCGGAGCUCCGCACCCAGGCUCAGGACCUCAAGGUCGAACAGCCUGCCGAGAUGAUGGAUACCUCUGAGGACGGGCCCGCACCCCAAUCUGCGUCCGAUCGUCAAGAGGGAGGAAAGCCAGCUCGCAAACCGGGUAGUUUACCGAAAUGGUUGAAACUGCCUGGCAAGAAAUAA